AUGGCUACCAACCUAUUAACCUCCAAUGGGAGGGUAGAGUUACCAGCAGAUGUAUGCCUACGAAUUAUAGACCUAAUCAUUCAUGACGCGCCUAAGAACGUCGUCAUCUUAAUCAAGCUUUCACGUUCCUUCAAGAAGCUCGUCAAAACAUACGAACGAGGCCUGACCAAAACCGCCAUCAAUCUCUACUCCAACGCCCACGUAAAUCAAAACAUCCACUUCAUCGUCCGCAACCAACCAGCAUCUAAGGACCUCGCCCCCAACCUAUACAUCAACCACACCUUCGCGCAUCUCCUAGAAACCCAAACUCGCGCACGAAUUACGCACGAAAUAGUCCACGAUCCCUUUUCACAAUGCCACCACCCCACUAUCUACUGGGCCGGCGGCGUAGGUUUCGAUCCGCCUACCCUUGCUAUUCCUCUACCCGAGCUCGAAAUCCGAAGACAGAAAUUCAAAGAAGAUGCGCUCAAAUUAUUAUACGAGCUUUUCGAUAAAACCCAAGGUGUCAAAAACGACUGGCAUGCUCGAAUUCGACAAAUCGAUCAUCUCUCCCGUCUCAGUACGUCGGAAUUAGCAGUGCUUUGUAUCUUCAUUCCUAUCUUGGGAUUUAAUCUUCUUGAAAAAAUGAAAGAUGAGAGUGUUGAUACGAAGAGAGCGGUCAUAAUUUUCCAGCAUAACCUCGUGAGAUAUGGACCGAUAGUAGCUUGGCUGCAGAUUUCUGCAGAUACGAAGUGCAAAAGAAUAGGACUUGCGGGAACGGUCAGAUUGAACGAAUGGUGGAAAGAGAGACAAGCUGAGGGUGUGGAAAAGUUAAAGAAGUUUGAGCGGGGUAGGACGGGAGAGGCGAGGAUGAUACUGGUGCUUUGGAGAAUCUUUCAGGGUAGGGAUAGUGUUGAAAAGACUUGGAGUCCGAGGAGCGGGGAGAGACUUUGGGAAAUUGCCAAGGAGGUGGUGGAGAAGAGGAUGAGGGGAUAUACCGUUUGA